AUGGUGGAACGCUUUCACCGCCAACUCAAGGCAUCUAUAAAAGCAGCUCCAGACAGUCCUCACUGGUUGGAACAUCUCCCUCUCAUCCUCCUUGGAAUUCGAUCCACGAUUAAGGAAGAACUGGGAUAUACUCCGGCCGAACUCGUUUAUGGCACAACACUCACCUUACCUGGGCAGAUGAUCGAACCUGUUUCACAAAACUUCCCUGACCCACAACAAUAUGUGCACCGAUUACGAACAUCCAUGUCGCAAGUAUCACCCUCAGGCCCCAGACAACAGAACGUCGUUUCACGUGUCCCAAAAGAUAUCAACACAUGGACUCAUGUCUUCGUGAGGAAUGAUGGGAUACCCUCUCAACUUCGACCACCAUAUUCCGGGCCCUACAAGGUCAUCAAAAGAGAACCCAAGUAUUUCGUCCUCGAUAUUGGAGGUAAACGAAAUACGGUCUCGAUUGAUCGUUUAAAAAAAGCUUUCAUCGAGGAGGACUUACAUUCAGUCCCCUCUUUUCCUCAAACAGACUCGGCAACUCCAGCGAACACCACAGAUGCUGCACAACCCCGACACACCAAAUCAGGAAGAACAGUUCGAUGGCCAGCAAGGUUUGUGCAAGUUUUUCGGUUUAAACAGAACCUUAAUGACAUCAACCUCACCAGUCUCAGAAGACCUACAAAGUCAAGGGCUCUGUGCCUUCCUUUUGAUUCAACUUUUUCUACAAAAAUCAAAGCAAGCAUUAUCCUUAUAUUCAACAAGGGUAAUAGGAAUGAAUGCAAUAAGUGUCAAGAGAUUUCUCUACUUGCUAUUGUUAAGAAGAUCAAGAGUGUGGCUCAACAGAGUGAGUUCAAAAAUCACAGUGGCUCUACUUGA